CUUUUACAAUAAAAAUUCCUUAAUUUUCCCUGGCAGUUACCCCUCGUACAUGCCCAUCCUGCAGAGAGCCAUCGAGCUCUGGUACCACGACCCCGCCUGCACCACCCCUGUCCUCAAACUCAUGGCUGAGCUGGUCCAUAACAGAUCCCAAAGGCUGCAGUUCGAUGUCUCCUCUCCCAACGGGAUCCUGCUCUUCCGGGAGACCAGCAAAAUGAUCACCACGUACGGGAACCGCAUCCUGACGCUGGGGGAGGUCCCGAAGGACCAGGUCUACGCCCUGAAGCUCAAGGGCAUCUCCAUCUGCUUCUCCAUGCUGAAGGCGGCGCUCAGCGGCAGUUACGUCAACUUUGGGGUUUUUCGGCUCUACGGGGACGACGCGCUGGACAACGCCCUGAGGACCUUCAUCAAACUGCUGCUGUCCAUCCCCCACAGCGACCUGCUGCAGCUGUCCCGCAGCACCAAGAAGAGAACGACCCCGCUGGCCCAGGAGAGCGACCGCUUCCUGCACAUCAUGCAGCAGCACCCCGAGAUGAUCCAGCAGAUGCUCUCGACGGUGCUGAACAUCAUCAUCUUCGAGGACUGCAGGAACCAGUGGUCCAUGUCCCGACCCCUGCUYGGCCUCAUCCUGCUCAAUGAGAAGUAUUUCUCAGACCUGAGGAACAGCAUUGUCAACAGCCAGCCCCCGGAGAAGCAGCAGGCCAUGCACCUCUGCUUCGAGAACCUGAUGGAGGGCAUCGAGCGCAACCUGCUCACCAAGAACAGGGACAG